AUGAUAUGCGACUUUUCUACGCCCGUUCUAUUGCAGCAACUAUUGCAGGCCAUGAAAGACCCGUCCCGACCCAAGCGCGUGCCUUUGACAUACGCUUUCAUGUCCUUCGCUCUUCGACUUGUCGCUGCGCAGUCUCAAGUUUUACUUCUGUGGUACGGAAGACGAUGUUACGAACGGUCGAGGGGUGAAAUGAUCAUGAUGGUCUAUGAAAAAGCCCUUUCACGAAAGAACAUUUCCGGACUAAUGAUCGAGGGCAACCCAGGACCAUCCGACGAGGAAGUAAAUCGCAUCAAUGAUGAGGCCCCCGUUCAAGAGAUCCAUCAACCCCCAAAUAAAACCGUAAAAGGUUUCUGGCAACGUAUCAUUUAUCGUAACCAAAAGGCCCCGCAGAAACAGGCCAAAGAAGCUGCAUCACUUGGCAAAAUAUUUAAUCUCUUGCGCGGAGAUGUUUACGAAGUUGCACAGAGAUUCUGGGAAGUUGACUCGUUGAUUGACAAACCACUAGGACUCUUGAUCGCUACCUUCCUUGUCUGGACGCUCUUCGGUCCAUCUUGUUUCCUUGGAAUAUUAGCGGUUCUAGUUGCACAGAUCGUGAAUGCACUAGUAACCAGAGCUCUCCUUCGUUGGGAGCGGGUCAGACGAGUGGCAACGGAUACAAGACUCCAGAUAACUUCGCAGUUUGUGGAAGCAAUUCGUCACCUGCGGUGGUACGGGUGGCAGAAUCAUUGGCUUCAGCAGGUAAUGGAUGCCCGACAACAUGAAUUGAAUAUUCGGAUUGUGACAAGUCUGUGGAGUAUCUUGAUUCGCUUUAUCAACGCUUUCGCUAGUGGCGUGUUUCCUGUGGUUGCGUUGUACGCAUAUACCUUUUUGGCCGGUCAUGAAUUGCGGAUUGAUAUUAUAUUUCCCGCAUUGCAGUUGUUUACCAUGUUAGAGACCCGUCUUCGGGAUAUUCCUGGUCUCAUCACGUCGCUUAUCAAUGCCUUCAUUGCCCUUGGGCGUAUCGAGGACUUUAUGUCCGAACCAGACAAGGAGAAUCUGCCGUCUGAGCCCCUGGCGAACAAUAAUCCACUCUCGAUGCAGUCUUGUUCGUUCGCAUGGCCAGGGAAGGUCUCACCCGUCCUUGUUGAUAUCGAUGUCACCAUACCCAAAGGACUGACCGUUAUCACUGGCAAGGUGGGUGCUGGAAAAACCGCGUUUCUGCAGGCUCUUCUAGGAGAACUCGAUAGACUUAGCGGCUCAGUUCAUAUCCCAAACGAAAUGGUGGGGUAUUGUGCCCAAACCCCGUGGCUGCAAAGCAUGAGUAUUCGCGAUAACAUUCUAUUCUCCGCUCCCUACCAUGACCAGCGCUACAAGCGGACACUGGAAGCCUGCGCCUUGCUUCCGGAUCUUGCUCAAUUCAAACAUGGUGAUUUGUCGUUUGUGGGUGAAAAUGGCAUUGGUCUAUCGGGUGGACAAAAAGCGCGAGUAGCUCUGGCAAGAGCUGUCUAUAGCGCAUCGCGGGUUCUCCUUUUGGAUGACCCUUUGUCUGCGCUAGACCAUAAUACCGCGGAAUCCAUAGUCCGCAAAUGCUUUUCGGGUCCUCUGAUGAAAGACCGAACUAUCGUUCUAGUGACGCAUCGAACUACGUUGGUUCGUCAAAUUGCUGAUCAAAUUAUCGAUAUUUGUGAAAGGCAUGCCACUGUUUACGACAAGGAUGCCAUCAAGCUUGAGGCAACCGAGUCGUCCCUGCAGUUUACCGACCAUGAAAUCGAAACAGAAGCGGAAACUACCAUUGAGGAGGAAACAGCUGCCGUGCCUGAUAAAUUCAUUGAGGAAGAGCAUCGAGCAGACGGGGGUGUCAAGGCUCGAGUGUACUGGAACUAUAUUAAGGCCGGAAAGUACCGAUGGUGGCUUGCCCUCGUCCUGAUCCUGGCAAUCUACCGACUGAUGGCUGUCGGGCAAUCAUGGUUCCUCAAAGGGUGGGGAGAAGCCUACGAGCAGACAACUGUCCCUCGAGAGGGUCUCUUAAACCUGAGUGACAGGUCAUCACAAGGUGCCUGGUCAACCUCAAAUUUGAGCAUGGACACAUACUUUACACCUCAGAACCCCAUAGACAAACUACCUUCCCCACGUGAGGAUGUGCGACCCUGGCUAUGGACAUUCUUUGCCAUCAUCUCUUUCCAAGCAGCCACACUCCUUGUCGCCCAGCUUCUAAUGCUGGUCAUCGUCUAUUAUGCUGGGCAAUCCUUGUUCCGACGGGUCUUGAUUCGAGUCAGCCAUGCGACGUUCCGAUACUUGGAUACAAUCCCCCUCGGGCGUUUGAUGAACCGUCUCACGUCUGAUAUUGGAGUCGUGGAUGGCAACAUUAGUGAGCAGUUCCAAGUGAUCGCCUUCCAGGCUAUCAUUUGGAUAUCUUCUGUCAUAGUAAUCGCUACUGCUACCCCGGUAUUUUUGUUGUUCUCCCUAGCUCUCACAGUCGGGUUUGUCUUGGUAUUCCUACGUUUCCUUCCCACAUCUCAAAGCCUACGACGACUCGAGAUGGUGUCCCUAAGUCCUUUGUUAUCCAACUUCGGCGAGCUAUUGCACGGCCUGACCACCGUCAGAGCUUUCCAUGCGGAGCCACAGUUCCAGAACCGGGUUAUAUCCGUGGUUGACAAGUUCCAGGGAAUGGAUCAUUUCUACUGGUCACUCCAGAGCUGGCUCAUGUACCGGUUUGAGAGCUUAUCCGCCUUUUCAACCUUUUGUCUAACAGCUCUGGCUUUGUAUACCAAUACCACCCCAGGACUGGUAGCAUUCGUGCUUAUUGCUGCCAACAACUUCGUCGAUUCCACACAUGCAUUGUGCAAGCAGUACGGCCAACUUCAAAUGGACUUUGUGUCGGUCGAGCGAGUCGACGAGUUACUCCACAUCGAAGAAGAAACCCCCGGGACCAUUGCUCCCCCAGCCGCAUGGCCAGCCUACGGUAGCGACGUUGUCUUCGAAGAUGCAACUCUCCGUUAUGCACCACAUCUCGAUCCCUCACUUAUAAACGUCUCUCUUCGCAUUCCCGGGGGUUCUACUACAGCGGUUAUCGGCCGUACUGGCAGCGGCAAGUCCACACUGGCAAUGUCCCUUUUGAGCGUAAUCAGACCCGAAUCCGGUCGCAUUCUCAUCGAUGGCAUCAAUAUCGCGGAUGUGAGCACACAAGCAUUGCGCACACGAGUUACCUUCGUCGCGCAAGAUCCCGUCCUCUUCCCUGGUAGCAUCAGACUCAAUCUGGACCCAACGGAAGAUUAUUCUGAUGAGCUGUGCACCGAAAUUCUCGAGCGUCUUUGUAGUCGGCACGGCUGGCAUCUUGGAACACAUAUUGAAGCUGGAGGAAGGAAUCUUAGCCAGGGUCAACGGCAGCUUAUUGCUCUGACACGGGCUGUCCUUCGUCGAAGCGCGAUUGUCAUUCUCGACGAGGCGACUGCUUCCGUUGAUCAUGAUACUUCUCUUGAGAUUCAGCAGAUUAUCCGGGAGGAGUUGCAGCAGUCUACUGUCAUUACGAUUGCGCAUCGCGUAGAGGCGGUCAAGGAUGCAGAUUACUUUGUGGUUCUGGAUCAGGGGCGGGUUUCGAGACAGGGACAUGUGCGGGAUUUGUAG